UCUCUCUUUCUUUCUUUCUCUCUCUCUUGCUCUCUCUCUCCUUCACGCGCGUACGCACAGAUUUGACUUCGCCAUGUCAACAAACUUCAAAAUUGGUAAAAGUUUAUCGAUUUUUACAGCUAUACGCGGGUGCCUCUGUGAAAAAAAGUUGACAAAAACACAGAUAGGGUCAUGAACAAUGUCCUCCUAAAAUUGGAGCGACAUGCGUGCUAAUUUGUGGACGUGCAUAACCCACAUUCACGUACACACACACACACACAAACAUCUUGUGUUUUAUAGAUAUUGAUUACAUAUGUUGAAAGCAAAGAAAUAUGGCACCAAAAAAGAGACAAGCUGAGCAUAAAGAUUCUGAAAUAACCUCUAGUAAAUAUUUUGCCAAACAAAACAAGGAGGAAAGUUCUUCAAGCAUUAAAAAACUGUUUGAUCCAUGCCUUAGGCUUAUAGGCACUUUCUACCAAAAAGAAUGUGUAGAUCUUAGCAGAGCUCUUCUUGGCAGGUAUAUUGUACGAGCAUUUGAUGAUGGCUCUCAGGUUUGUGGUAAAAUAGUGGAAACUGAAGCAUACUGUGGCAUUGAAGAUGCAUGUUCCCAUUCUUACAACAAUAGAAGAACAGAACGGACUGAAGCUAUGUUCAUGCCUCCAGGAACUCUUUAUGUGUAUACCAUAUAUGGUAUGUACAAUUGUAUGAAUAUCUCAAGUUCUGGAGAUGGCUGUGCUGUUUUAAUACGAGCACUUCAACCCAUAUCAGGGCUUGAAAAAAUGCAAUGUUUGCGUUCAAAAAAGAAUCCUUUGAAACCAAUAAAAGAGAAGAACUUAUGUAAUGGGCCUUCUAAACUUUGUCAGGCUCUUGAUGUCACUAAGGAAACAUUCAACAAAGAAGAUUUGAUAACCAGUAACCGUUUAUGGUUAUCAAGUGGAGAUACUGUGGAAGAUUCUGAGAUUGACAUUUCCAAAAGAAUUAAUAUAACUGGGGAUGAAAUAUGGGUUAAUAAACCACUUCGAUUUUUCAUAAAAUAUAAUCCAUAUGUAUCAGUGAAAAACGCCAACUGAAAUGUGAAAGAAAUGAAAUGAAAAAUGAGAAUGUUGUUUUAAUGUCUUAAUAGAUAAUCUCUGAACAUUUUUGACUUUUUUGUAAUGUAUUAUCCCUUUAGCACUUAAACUAGCCAUAUCAGGCCUAAAUAUUCUUCCUGUUUUUUGUUCAAACUGACUAGAUAUGGCCUCUCAUACAUAUCCUACACUGUUAUUCUAAAAUAAACAAUCACAUCAUGGAAAUGUCA